GGUAUUUCAAGUAUCUUCUUCUUCCUAAGCUACACAAAAAAUUAUCUAAGAUUCUUAAUUUUAUCCAGGUUUUUGCCAAAUCGACUGGUCUCAGAGUUUUCUCGAUUUUUUUUGGAAAGAUGCAGGUAAUAGCAUCUUUCUGUUCGAAACCUAAUGAGAAUGAAUUUGUUGGUCGACGACAACUUCUUUCUUCAGUCUGUUCCAAAAUUUCUCAAGGCGACGUCGUUUCACACCCACCCGUUUCUUCUGUCAAGGUUACUCAAGAUUGGAAGUCGAAUUUACAUGAGUUAGCUGUGAAAAGUGUCCCUUCGACGACAAGGAGAAUCUUGUUGACAAGUUUAUUCAUGAAUUUGUGCUUUAAUCCUUCAAGGUACUUAUCAGCCUUAGCACUUGGUGAUCCAUCCGUUGCAACCGUUGAAGAUGUUAGUCCAACUGUUUUCCCAGCUGGACCUCUUUUCCCUACUGAGGGGAGAAUUGUGCAACUGUUUGAGAAGAAUACUUAUUCCGUUGUCAACAUCUUUGAUGUGACAUUACGGCCUCAGCUCAAAAUGACGGGUGUGGUUGAGAUACCAGAAGGAAAUGGCUCUGGAGUAGUCUGGGACGGACAAGGAUACAUCGUGACCAAUUAUCACGUUAUUGGCAAUGCCCUUUCAAGAAAUCCUAGCCCCGGGGAUGUAGUUGGUCGUGUGAAUAUUCUGGCAUCUGAUGGGGUACAGAAGAACUUUGAAGGAAAACUUGUUGGUGCUGAUCGUGCUAAGGAUCUUGCUGUCUUGAAGGUGGAUGCUCCCGAAACUCUCCUGAAACCGAUUAAAGUUGGGCAGUCAAAUUCUCUAAAGGUUGGACAGCAGUGUUUAGCAAUUGGAAACCCGUUUGGUUUUGACCACACUCUUACGGUUGGUGUCAUCAGCGGUCUUAACCGUGACAUAUUUAGUCAAACUGGAGUUACCAUUGGUGGUGGAAUUCAAACUGAUGCUGCCAUUAACCCGGGAAAUAGCGGAGGUCCUCUGCUCGAUUCAAAAGGGAACUUGAUUGGGAUCAACACGGCCAUUUUCACACAGACAGGAACAUCUGCGGGUGUUGGAUUUGCUAUUCCGUCAUCAACAGUAUUAAAGAUUGUUCCUCAACUAAUACAAUUCAGCAAAGUCCUUCGAGCUGGUAUUAACAUAGAAUUAGCCCCUGAUCCAGUAGCUAAUCAACUCAAUGUUCGUAAUGGAGCCCUUGUCCUUCAGGUACCGGGUAAGAGUCUAGCGGAAAAAGCAGGAUUACAUCCGACAUCCCGGGGUUUUGCUGGUAAUAUAGUGCUUGGAGAUAUCAUUGUUGCAGUUGAUGACAAACCUGUGAAGAACAAAGCCGAGUUGAUGAAGAUAUUGGAUGAGUACAGUGUAGGUGAUAAGGUGACACUUAAGAUUAAGAGAGGAAAUGAAGAUUUGGAGUUAAAGAUCUCAUUGGAAGAGAAAAGUUCAUGAAAAUAUUAUUGACAACAUUUCAUCUCUUCCUUUUGAAUCUCUCUGUUUUUUCCCCCUUUGAGAAUAGCAAAAUUACAAUCGUUGUCUAAAUUCUCUGAAUAUAUGUAUGUCUAUGGGAAUUUUUUUUAUUAAUAUUUAAAAUGUUGCCAAAUUAUUCUAUUUCAAUAUUUCUUUUCGUAUUAAACAUAUAUAAUUUAUGUUUUUAUAUUCAAAUUCAACUA